AUGCAAUUCUGCCAACACCGUCCUUCUUCCUCGGCCUCCCACCGUCGCCGCCACAGAAUUCGGCCGCCACCACCACAGAUUUCGUCCGCCGCCGCAGAAUUCAUCCGCCACCACCGUCCUGCAUAUACCAGCCUCUUACUCUCACGCACAAACAGCGACCGCCAAAGUCUAACCUGUUCACACCGACGUUCAUCACUUGCCGGACGACGUAAUACCCAUCCCAACCUCCGCCGCAGCCGCUGGAUGUCUCCAACACAAUCUUCGUCGUUCCGGCCUUCAGAGCCGGCGGGAAUCAGAAUCCCCAUGGCCGAUUCCCCAAACUUGAAUAUGGCGGGCGGCGGGACGGAAUCGUCGAUUAUAGAGCUUGAGCACGGCUUCAACCACGUCUGGCGCCGCCGCCUUCGACUUAUCCAUGUCUCACAGUGGUCGCGACCUCUUUUGGGAAUGACACAGCGAGAUUGA